ACGAAGCGGACUUCCGGGAUCUUUAGUGCUCGAAUCGGUCGAAUGGCUGACGCCAAGGUUGACUUUUCUGUCAAGUGAAAAUCGCUUCGAAAGCGUAUGGAACCAUGUAAAUUUCACCGAUAUAUUGGAGGGAUCGUUAACGUGUGGCCAGACCGAUGCGUGGAUCAUGGAAUGAAGCUGUGUCCGCGGCUCUAAAUGAACGUUAACGGAAAAAGAGACACCGGUGCUCCUUUUAAAUUUCGGAUCCAGCGAGAGGGUAAUUCCUGUCCUUUACUGGGGGUGAGAAUCGAACCGAACGACUAAAUAGCAACGGCAGUGAUCGAGACGCGAUCAAAUUUGCUGGAGAAUGCAAUUUCGAUGAUCCGAGACACUUUGACGACAAGUCGACAUUCUGAAUACGAUUUUGCGUACUGCAUUCCAGACAUAGUUAUGGAGGAUAGUAUGAGUGUUAAAUCGAUGGAAUCUGUCGCGACAAGUGAUGAAUACGAAUUCGUAAAUGACAGAAGCAAUGGGAAGCAGCAGCAGACACUGAUCGAUGUACCGAUGUUAAAAAUUGCCAAUAACGGCAAUCUUGAAGAUCUCCAAAAUAAUCUUCAGGAGGUGUUAACCGAAGAGUCGAAAAUGGAAGGCAACGAUUAUAAAAUCGUGAGCACUGUACAGCAAAAUCAACCGAAAACGAAGAAAGUUGGACAGAGUAAAUUUUAUGAUGUGAGUUCUUGUAUGGUUGCAUCCGAAAAGCAAGAUAUUAUGAAACCAGAGGAUUAUAUCGACGAAGAAAUAAAUUCCUUGGCGCACGUUCAACAAGAAUGUACUAUUUUCAAUGGUGUUACUUAUUUGGGAUCGGCUACGAUAAAUGCACCAAAAUCGGAAUGCGAGAUUCAACGGAACAUGAACAUACUGAAUGCGGAACAAUGUCUUAACUUAGGAAUCAAAGUAUCGGUGUCCGUGCCUAGCAGUUCUCAAGGUUCUGUUGUUUUAUACGAUGCUACCACUCAACAACCGAUCGCACAUUACGAAGUACAACGAAUCUUGUUUUAUGCACGUGGCGAAAGUACUGGCCCGUGCGCGGCAUGCUUUGCCUUCACUUGGUCACACGGGGAUACUUUGGAGUCUGCCAUUUAUCAGUGUCACGUUUUUCGAUGCGACAUACCGGAAGCUGUGGGUCAAGUUUCUGCAUGCUUUUCCAAAGCAUUUCACAGAAUACCAAGAUCGAUGACCAGCUCCUUGACAGGCAGCGAUUUUAAUGGUUUCAACAUCGGCAGUGAGAAAACCAAUUCUCGAGUAUUCAUUUUUGAAGUAACGAUGGAGAUAAAGGAAGAAGAUGGAAAGGGUGGUUUCAGUACAGUUCCUAAAGACAGAAGUUGCUUCAAGCUUCGAAGCAACGUGGCUAAACAUGUGUGUUUAAGUAUCCAACAAGUAUCGAGUAAGGAAGGAGGAAUCACUCUCGAGGUUGAAAGAUGUUUCGGCGUCCUCGUUAGUCCCGGACGCAACGUCAAACAUAGUGAUAUGCGGCUGCUUGAAAUGCAAGUUAAUACUGGCCCAUUGAUACAAGAUAAACAGUGUUACAAUAUAUUUGGACACUGGGAUCCUGCCGAUCCAGCUUUGGAGACUCUUAAUAUCGAGACUCCCAGGGAAGAGAAAAUUUACAUGACAGUCGCUGUUGAUUUAGUGAUACGCGGCAUACGAGAACCAGUUAGAUUCAUAAUAGAAACAUUAGUCAAAGUAUUCCCGCAAAACGAGAGGUUUUGGUAUUUUAAUAAACGAAAUCUUGUACAACAGUUUUAUCUUAAUUCAAAAGAAAUAAUAUCCAGCGACGGAGCCGAGGUUCACUAUGAAGUACAAAGUACAGAAACUUCGGGAGAACUAGACAGGAACAGAUUGAACCUUGCUCUUAAUUUAGCAUCAUUGAUUCGAUCACCUUCCUUGACUAGCAUCGACACGCUUACACCCAAAGAAGAAAUAGAUUCAGACGGAGACGAACCGAUGUUGAGCGGCACGGGUGAAGUAUCGAAGGAUUGUUCCGCGGGCGAGUUAGCUAACUGGGCUGAGGUACUGGACAGCUGGCAAGUGAACGAGCAACGUCCGAAACUUCUUAUAAAACUGGCGAAGCAAGGUAUCCCCGAAGCUUUGCGUGGAGAGGUAUGGCAACGUUUAAGUAAUUGUGAUAAUUCACAAGAAAUGAUGGACAGAUACAGAACUUUAAUUACCAAGGAAAGUAGUUGCGAGAGCGUUAUUUUGCGAGACAUCAAUAGAACGUUUCCCGCCCAUGACUAUUUCAAAGAAACAGGUGGCUUGGGACAAGAUUCUUUGUACAGAAUAAGCAAAGCGUACGCGGUGUACGACGAAGAAGUCGGAUAUUGUCAAGGACUCAGUUUUUUGGUCGCUAGUUUGCUCCUUCACAUGCCGGAGGAACAAGCUUUCUGUGUUCUGGUUAAAUUGAUGUACGACUACGGUCUAAGAGACUUGUACAAGGAUCGAUUUGACAACCUUCACAUGAGAUUUUAUCAGCUUAAUAGAUUAAUAGAGGACCAGUUGCCAGAACUUUAUAAACACUUUUGCGAUCGCGGUGUCGAGACACACAUGUUCGCUGCACAAUGGUUUUUAACUUUAUUCACGGCCCGAUUUCCGCUUUAUCUCGUUUUCCACAUUCUGGACGUGUUCCUUUUGCAAGGACUCGAUACGUUGUUCCAAGUCGCGCUCGCACUAUUGAUGUCUAGUAAGAAGGAACUGCUGCAACUAGAUUUCGAGAGCAUAUUGAAAUACUUUCGAGUACAUUUGCCUAAGCGUUGUCGAAGCGAAGAAGUAUCGCGGUCCAUCAUGAAGUUAGCCUGUUCCAUCACCUUAAAGAAGCUGAAGAAGUACGAAGCAGAAUUUAUGACACUCAAAGAGGCGCAAGAAAACGCGGAUGAAUACAGUAACGAGGUAGAACAAUUACGAGGUACAGUGGCGAGGAACGAGGAAGAGAAACAGAGAUUGGAGGCUGAACUGGUUCAAGUUAAGGAAAUGUUGCAACGCGAGGUGGCUAGAGCAGACGCGGAAAGUCGACGUAGCAACAUCAUUAUUGCCGAAUAUAAACAGAUUUGUCAACGAUUGGAGGACGAUUACAAUGCCGCGAAGACAACGCUCAGCGAAUUGCGGUCUAAGGUCUCGAAAUGCGAAAAGUGCAGGAGUUGUAUAAUGGAUUCAUCGAACAUAUUGGCAGACAUCGCGCAUCCUUUGGAAAACCGUAGCGUAGAUCCCAUGUUGCACAGAGUGCAGGAGAGGGUGCGAGAAUUGGAGUUGGAGUUGGCCCAAACUAAGCUGGCCCACGUCGAGGCCGAAUGUAGAAAUCAGCUCGGUUUUCAGGACUUGACGCAUCAAUUGCACGCGACUGCUUCCGAACUUCAAGCGGCGAGAAACAGCUGGCCGUGGCUCAGCAAGACGCUCUCGAGUAUAAAAGAAGCGGCGAACAAAAGAGAAGUGAUGGCUCCCUCGUUAAUGAAAGAUUUAAGACGGGACAGCGCGCCCAGUGGUGAGAUGCACCACUUGAUACAUUCCCGUAAUCGCGAGACCCGCGAUAAUUUCAAAGAAAUUGUGUGAUGCAGUAAGUAGAGUCUAACACAAUACAAGCUUGAACGAGGAAAGCUACUUCCAACUAAAGGAAGGAACAGCUUAAUCGUACACAUGAUAAUACACACGCAUACGCAUUAAAACGAUGUCACUUUAAACCAGGCGAUGUUUCGGAAGAAGAAUCGGUACGUCACGAGAAAGAGAUGUGUCUCAUUAGACACGAAUUCGAACAUAAAAUGUACGUCCAUAAUUACACGUAGUGUUCUAGACUUUGUUCACGAUAUACGUUCGGUAUACUUUACGUCAGAUUCCUCACGUGCACUGUUUUAUUUAUUUACACGUAGUGGUCUCUUUUUUUUAGCGAAGGCAGCUUUAUCGAUAUUAAUCAACGUUGAUAUUAAUCUUGAGAUAUACCUUGUUGAUAACGUUAUAAUUUGUUUGUUAUACUCAUUUCUACCUAAAUUCGGUAUAUGAAUUAUCGAUGUAUCGUUCGAAGUUCCAUUUUCUUUUGUAUGCUUCAGAUUUUACGCGAAAUUGGAAAUUUCUUGUAUUGAGAAGUCGAGGGGGGCAUGCGUAGAAACGGAAAAAAAUGAUUACAAUAGAUGUUAGCGAUAAGUUCACUACAUUUUGUAUGAAACUAGUUUAAGAACGUGGAGAGUAGAAGUGCUAUAGCAUACGAUGCAAUGUACAUAAAUGGUGCUCUCAGGCAACCGUUAAACGUGACAAACUGCAGAAGUCAAAGAUUUCACAAUCUGCAGAUUCAUUAAUUAAUUUUUUGUACGAACAUUAUGCCGACAUUCCAAAAUUGUACACGUGCGUUUACCCUAUUUGAUUUAAGUAACGUCUUAUUUUAACCGAGAAAAACUAUAACACUGAUCCACGUAUACGCGCUUGCAACCGGCUAUCUACGAAUCGCGACGAGCACAUAGAAAAUAUUUUACAGUCUUCAAUUUUUUACGCGAUAUUCCAGUUAUCUCGCAGUGUUUUUUAAUAACCGUGAAUAACGAUACACCGACGUUUUGUACGUACAUUAACAACUGGACGACGUAACUUAACAUAAGGCUAGACAUAGUUCCCGCGAUAUGGAAGGUUUUUCCUUCGUUCGUUUCGUUCUCUCUUGUUUGUUUCUUUUCUUUUUUUUUGAAGAGUUUGUUUGGUAAGUGCUGUUUCUUCGACAGAGUAUACACGCGUUACACUUAAGGCCAUAAAUUAUGUUAAGGAAAUUAUGUUAAGGCACUGUUUGAAGUUAGAAUUUAAUCGGAUGUUUAAGAAACCCUCCUUGUCAAGCGAACAAUAAAAUCGAAUAAUAAAUAUUAGAGGACGUUUCGACGCAUAUCUUAGACUGUAAAUCUAGCUUCGUAAUUAGUGCCAUUCGUUUUACGGGACUACCGAUUAAUUUAUUUCCGCGCUGUUCGUACUGCGGACUACUUAUCAGUAUGCAUUAUCAGCGAUUAAUAAUCGUGCCAUUGUCUUGCGUCGUAAAAAUUUACGGAAGAGAUUGGUAACGAUUACUCCUCUUUUUCUAUCCUCUCUUUUUAUAGAUCGAUGAUAAUUGAAUUCCUUCUGUUCCUUUGAAUUUCUCGUCGUUAAAUUGAUAUUUAUCUAAGUAAUAUAUACACGAUGGAAAGCAAAGUUUAUGGUCACUCUAGAAAUUCGUACAAUAGCUCUCACAAUAACCUUGGAACUUGUAUGGAAUAAAAGAUAUAACUUGUGUAAAUACAAAAAUGAAAAAACAACGUAUGAUAUCGAAGUAAGCUACUAACAAGUCGUGUAAAGAUUUAGAUUACAACUUAUGUAUCACUGUACACCUUGUAAUGUCAUUCCACUAUUAUUGAAAUAAACAAAGAUAUAUCUGUCUA